UUUGGGGCGGGUAGGCUAGCAGCUACCGAGAUCCAGGAAGUAGGGACAAACACAGAAGCGACUGUAAUAAAUAACACGGGACAGAGGCCUUCCUUUCCUAUCAACAGUGAAGAGUUUUCACUUAAUCGAAGAAAUGUCCGUGAAAAUCCCAAGACAAACGAUAUCGAAUCCGCCGAUUCCCUUCGCUGGGACCAUAUUAGACGGACUGGUUCCAGGAGAGAUGAUCCUCAUUCAAGGCAGCGUUCCUGUCGAUUCGGAGAGGUUUCAGGUAGACUUGACAUGUGGGAACAGCAUCAAACCACGGGCUGACGUGGCCUUCCAUUUCAACCCUCGUUUUAAGAAGACUUGCAUUGUCUGCAACACUCUGAAGCUGGAACGUUGGGGCAAGGAGGAGAUCCUGUACCAAAUGCCCUUCAAACUGGGCUCAGAGUUUGAAAUAAUAAUCCUUGUGCAGAUGGACUCAUACAAGGUGGCAGUAAAUGGCGCUCAUGUGCUUCAGUACAAACACAGGCUGGAUCUGAGCAAGGUGGACACCAUAAACAUCUCAGGAAAGGUCCACAUGAAGACCAUUGGCUUCAUCCGAAACUCUGAACCAGCUCCAGCUCAGGCUGUGGGAACAAACAAAGUCCCUCAAGCCAAUGGGACGUUUAUGCAUUCAGGUGACUUGAGCCUUCCAUUCAGAGGUACCAUAGAGAAAGGGGUUUGUCCAGGACUAACCAUCUUCAUAAAAGGCCAUAUAAACCCAUAUCCACACAGCUUCUCUGUUAAUCUGUGUGUGGGUGGCACCAAGGAUAUUGCGCUGCAUCUGAACCCUCGUCUAAAGUCUGCCACGUUCGUCCUUAACUCCUACCUGUCUGAGUGCUGGGGGAAGGAGGAGAAGAGCCUCUCCAACUUCCCUUUCACACCAAGGGAGUACUUUGAGAUGAUCAUUCUAUGUGAGGCUCAGGAGUUCAAAGUGGCUGUGAAUGGAGUUCACCAGCUCAGCUACAAGCACCGUGUCCAGGAUCUUGUCCGCGUGAACGCCCUGGAGAUCAUGGGAGACAUCCAGCUGCUGGAUGUCCAGGUGCGGUAAACAUCGCCAUCGUCCUGCACAACUUCACCGGAGCUGACCGGACCCUCAGAUAACUGACCGGAGCCAGAGGCCUCAUUCCUCAACCUCAUUCCAUCAUGUUGUAUCUCUGCAGCUUCAGAUACUUAGACCAAAGCCCAGGUUUCAUUUCUGUAGAAAGAACUAUUUUAUUACAGUUAAGCGCAAAAUUAUUCAUAUCUAUGUCAAAUUUUGAUUUAUACUUUGAUUAAUACUUUCUUCGGGCAUGUUUUUGCACAAUGACUCACAUUGUUUGUGUCAUGUGCAAAUGUAAUUUCCAUCGAAAAGAAGACGUUUUUGGUCAAAUUAAGGUUCACUAUAAAUCAACAUUUGGCAUGAGUACUAUGAAUAAUUUUGGGCUUAACUGUACAUGCCAUAUGACUUAGACUCCCACCGAUUUCCUCUCAGCGCCAUGCAUGUAAAGCUAUUUUGCUUAUAAAGGAGUCUUAUAGACAUCGCUUCUGCAUUUAAACAUGGCUAAAUGAAUGUACGCUAGACAGGAACAAAUGUUGCACUAUUUCUUAACCAAUGCUAACAUAGUUCAUAUAUUCUUGACUAUAGUCACUGUGACCACUAUUAAUCUAGGGGUUCUCUUGUCACUUGUGCUGAGAACAAUAAUCAAAAUAAACCUGAAAAGUGUUAAUUGAAGGAGAAGGAGAGGUAUGCUACCUCAGCAACUUGUCCCCAAGUCAAUGAACAAUUGGCCAACUUGGCAUGUUAAAGUUCUUUGUUGGGUCAACAUGAAGAAUGUUUUUAUUUUUGUUUGUUCAAUUGUGUCCAGUCUGCCGUGUCUGUGUAAGAAUUGAGACACAUAAAGUCAGCUGAACGCAUAUUAAACCUUUGGCUGAAUAACAAAAAUAACCUGGUUUACCUACGCCUUGGACCAUAAACAAACUCAUUGAGCAGUUCAUGUACACAUUGAUUUUCAUAGUCCAUUGGCUAUGUGAGGUUGUAAACAGAAGCACACGUGAAAGAGCAGAGCAUGUAAAAAGAAAAAAGGUCAGUGGAGCAGUGUUGGCUCAGAUACUGACUGGUCAAAGCGAGUCAUACCGGCACAUCAAGACAUCAGGGAGAUGGAACCCUUGGGCAGAGUCUCUAUGCAAGUGCACAUAAUCCACGUUUUUGUGUUUUAAUUGACAUGCACUGACCAAUUUAUUUUACCUGCAUGUCACGUUGUGUACCAUUAAAUCCCUCUCACUUUCCUCAGGAUUGGAUUCAUAUUAAUAUAUUGACUAAACUCGUUUUUCCUAAGCAAUAUUCAAGCUCUAUAUUUAUAUGAUAAUAUGUAUGGUAAAAUGAAGGCUUUUUGUGUACUAUGACCAUGAAUAAAUGACAAUUUCUUUAA